AUGGGCGACGAAGCGAGCCACGAUAACCACCUGGCACCCACCGCGGACCAUGAUGUGCCCACUAUUGUCCCGGCAAAUGAACCCAAAGAGCCACGAGGACGCUUGACACCUCGUCCUUCUUUUCUGGAGAACCUCGCCAGUUCCACAGACAGACAGUUCAUGUUGGGAAGACGCAACUCUAGCGAAAUCGAUCGAUAUUUCCACGGACCGCGAGAUCUCGAUCGACACUCCAAAUGGCCCAUCUUCCUACGAAUGCAUGGCAGUAUCAUGCCGAAAAUGAUUUUACCCCUUGCCUUUGUUGCAGCUUGGUCCACCCUCAUUACCCUCAUUUCCAGAUUUGUCCACAACAUCGGCAUCAACGAUAUUCUUUUGACAGUUACCGGUUUCGUGGUCAGUUUGGCGCUGUCGUUCCGCAGUUCGACGGCAUAUGAGAGAUGGGCGGAUGGAAGAAAGUACUGGGCGCUCCUCAAUCAGACGGCUCGCAACCUUGCACGUACUAUUUGGGUCAACACGGCAGAACGCGCAGGAGAGGAAGGCAAGGAAGACUUGCUGGCAAAACUGACUGCCAUGAAUCUCAUUCUGGCGUUCGCCGUUUCCCUCAAACAUAAACUGCGAUUCGAACCCGAUGUUGGCUACGAGGAUCUAGCAGGCCUGGUUGCACACCUCGACACAUUUGCCAAAGAGGCCCACGACCGCCAAGUCGUUCAACCCCCGAAAAAGACGCCCUGGAAAUCAAUCGGUGAAUACCUGGGCGUUUCUUUUGCCGAGUCCAACCCGAGAAAGCUUAUCAAGCGGUCCAAGAAACCCUUGGGCCAUCUUCCUCUGGAGAUCUUGAACCAUCUCUCCGCAUAUGUCGACCGGUGCAUCGCCAACAAUACUCUCAACGUUAGUCUCCACCAAGGACAAGCCAUCACCGCUUUAUCUACCCUGAACGAAGUCCUCACCGGCACCGAGCGCGUCCUGGACACUCCACUCCCCGCCGCAUACAGCAUUUCCAUCGCCCAAAUUGCCUGGAUCUAUGUUCUCGUGUUGCCAUUCCAGCUCUAUGACUUUCUCGAAUGGGUGACCAUCCCCGCUUCCGUCGUUGCCGCCUACAUCAUUCUCGGACUUGCCUUCAUCGGCAGUGAAAUCGAAAACCCCUUCGGUCACGAUGUCAACGACCUUCCUCUCGACACCUACUGCCGCCAGCUCGCCGUCGAGCUUGACAUCAUCACCGCCAUGCCCCCGCCCAAGCUGGACGAGUUCGGCACGCGCGAGGACAACUUCGUCCUGUACCCUCUCAGCACAUCCGGAUACCCCGAGUGGAAGGACCGCUCGGUCGAAGAGAUUCGCGCCGCUCUGAGGGCCAAGGUAGUGGCCAACUACCCGUCCGCAGCGAUGUCGGACGCCGCGACAGUGAUAGGGAGUGUGCGAAGCAAGCAGUCUGUUUGA